CUCCAAAUUUCUUCAUCACUUAACAACCUUAUACUUUCUUUCCCACCCACAAAUAAUUCACAAGAGCAACAAAAAUAAGGAGAGAGAAAGAGAGAGGUGAAGGCGAGCUGGUUGUAAGUGACUUAUGAGUGUGUGCGCGAUAACGAAAAUGGCAUCUACUGGAUGCUUCUUACACCACCAUGCAGCCAGCACUGGCCUAGCUGCUGGCAGAAGCUCGGCCAUGCAGCAAUACCAGGUUGCAAGCAUUAAGCCUAACCAGAUCGUCUGCAAGGCUCAGAAGCAGGAAGACGAGGUUAUUGCCAUCAACGACGGUGUGUCGAGGCGAUUGGCCCUCACUGCUCUCAUUGGUGCUGCUGCUGUUGGCUCUAAGGUUUCCCCUGCUGAUGCAGCCUAUGGUGAAGCAGCCAAUGUAUUCGGGAAGCCAAAGACUAACACCGAAUUCAUGCCCUACAACGGUGAUGGAUUCAAGUUGUUGGUUCCUUCAAAAUGGAACCCGAGCAGAGAGGUAGAGUACCCAGGUCAAGUUUUGAGGUUCGAGGACAACUUCGAUGCCACCAGCAAUUUAGCUGUCAUGGUCACCCCCACUGACAAGAAAUCCAUCACAGACUAUGGUUCCCCUGAGCAAUUCCUUUCCCAAGUGGACUACUUGUUGGGCAAACAAGCCUAUUUCGGACAGACAGAUUCUGAGGGUGGUUUCGACUCAGGUGUUGUUGCAAGUGCAAAUGUCCUUGAAAGCAGCACCCCAGUGAUUGAUGGGAAACAAUACUACAGCAUCACUGUGUUGACAAGAACAGCCGAUGGUGAUGAGGGUGGCAAACACCAAGUAAUUACAGCCACUGUCAAGGAUGGUAAGCUUUACAUCUGCAAGGCUCAGGCUGGAGACAAGAGAUGGUUCAAGGGUGCUAGGAAGUUUGUCGAGAAUGCUGUCAGUUCUUUCAGUGUUGCUUAAAUAAUGUAACUGAUUCAGAGAUUUCUAUUGUAAAUCAACUUCUCUACUUAUUUUGGGCUUUCUAGUUUUUUUCUUGCUGAUGUUGCCUAGGGGGAGAAGGUUCUAUACAUAAACACCGGAUUUUCAAAUUGCAAAUAGCAUAUAAUGGUUUAAGAUA